AUGGAUUCCAAGGCACCAUUCAAGCAAUCGCCGCCACCCUCUGUUGUGGCAAACAAGCCAGCAGCGACGCUUCUCCACUUUGCCACUGACCUUGAGUCUUCUGUAAGAAAUGGUGGGGAGGUCAACCAUUCUGAUCUCGAGUACUACACGCUGCGAGCAAACGACCCGAGCCAGUUUCCGGUAGGCACACUGGCCCAAGACACAGCCCAUCAGCUAGAAAGUAUCGGGCGGCGAAUAUGGAAUACUUUUUUGCGGAAGCAAGGCGGUGUUUUUGAUGAAGAGCGGAGUAGGUCAGAGCUUCGGUUCUGCCUACGCGCCAGACUCUUUGGCUACCUGCUUCUUGGGAUCGGCUUGGUGCAGCGUCCCGAGGCAAACGCCGCUCAAUCCACAGCCUACCUGAUACGAUUGGGCCUCGCCCUCUCCAAAGUCUGCAUAAAGCACUCGGACUUGGGGUCUGCACGAAUCGCGCUGCAAAAGAUCACAGAGUAUCUAUCUUGCCGUUCUGGUUGCAUCUCGCCGGCAGGUGGCGACAACGCGGUCAUUCGCCAAUCAGACCAUGCCUGCUACUACAUCCUGCGCAUCGCACUGUCUUGGAAGGACGAUCGUCUCGACCUCGCCGAGCACAUGUAUGCCAAAGCUACGCAGCAUACGCCGUACAUCGACACCGGUACCCGCAUGACACUCGUACACGUCCUCACGCAGAUAGGGGAGAGCAUCGUCGCAAAAUCAAACCCCUUGGACGCCGCCCCAUGGUUCCGACGCGCAGCUGCAGAAUCCCGUGCCUACAGCGACAAUAACCGAGACACACUGGGUACCGAAGCGGAUAUGCGAACGCAUCAACAAACUCAACUAAAGGCGCAUUGGGGUCUAGUCCAGUGUCUUGCAGGGCUCAAGUCUCGCGAGCCGCUGCAGGAAGCACUCAGCGUUGUCCAGGCAGCUCAGGCGGAGUUUGGAGAGCGUCGGAUAGAGGUGCUGGAGAUGCUGGUCGCGGUGCAGACGGCCCAGGGGAACGCCACCGAUGCCCUCACUGAUCUGUUAGAGGGCUUGCUUUCGUAA